AAGGCAGUUCACCUCUGCUCCCUAAGGUCUGUUGAGCCCUGAGGAUCUGAAGUCUGGUCUUGUGAAACCCCACCCUCCUCUGGGUGUGUGACUGACGGGGAGCCCCUUGAGUUACACCUCACCUAAGAGGUUCCUGGGAAGAUCUCCAGUACAGGGUCAAAUUUCAGGAGACUUCAAGCCACACAGAAGAGAAAGGCAAAGCAACUCAAACAUAAAGAAAUGAAAUCCCCAAGGAGAACCACACUGUGCUGCAUGAUUAUUGUGAUUUAUUUUUCCCAAGCUACACCAAACUUGAAUUUAGAGUCGAUUGUUCAUCCCUUGAUUCUCCAUGAACAUGAACUAGCGGGGAAGGAGCCACUGAGGCAAAAACGAGCAGUCACCUCAAGCAGUGCUGCACCUGGAGAGUACACCGUUGAUGUUGAGAUCAGUUUUGAAAAUGCCUCCUUCCUGGAGCCUAUCAUAGCUUACUUGAACAGCCUGAGUUUCCCAAUUCAAUGGAACAGCACUGAUCCAGCCACCACCAUUUUAAGCACUGAGGUGACAACAGUCUGCAGACCUACUGAAAAUGAAAUCUGGUGCUCCUGUGAGACAGGCUAUAGGUGGCCUCAGGAAAGAUGUCUCCACAAUCUCACUUGUCAAGAGCAUGACGGUCCCUCUGCAGGGCAUCGCUGCAGUUGCCUUAAAGGACUCCCUCCCAAGGGACCUUUUUGCCAGCUCCAGGGAGCAGAUGUGACACUAAGAAUGUCAGUCAGACUCAAUGUGGGUUUUCAAGAAGACCUCAAGAACUCUUCCUCUGCUCUCUAUAGGUCCUAUAAGACUGACUUGGAAACAGCGUUCUGGAAGGGUUACAGUAUUUUACCAGGCUUCAAAAUGGUGACUGUGACAGGAUUCAGGCCUGGAAGUGUGGUUGUGGCAUAUGAGGUGAAGACUGCAGCACCAUCACCUGAAUUAAUGCGUAAAGCAAAUGAUCAAGUAAUGCAGAACCUUAAUCAAACCUACAAAAUGGACUACAAUUCCUUUCAAGGAGUCACUAGCAAUGAAACUAAGUUCACCAUUGUACCAGAAAUCACUUUUGAAGGAGAUACGGUAACGCUGAUGUGUGAGACCGACAUUUUGUCCUCUAAUGUGUCCUGGCACCACAUUGAAAGGCACUCUGACAUCCAGAACAGCAGCAGAUUCUCCGUCUACACCUUCGUGCUCAACAACAUGACCUCAAUAUCGCGCCUCACCAUUUACAACGUCACUAAGGAGGACUCAGGUGAAUAUAUUUGCAAGCUGACAGUAGAUAUUUUUGAAUAUGAGUCCAGAAAAAAAAUGGAUGUUAUAUCCAUCGGAAUUUUGGCAACUGAAGAAAUGAAGGUGACGUGCAAUAACAACCCUGUAUCUUUGAACUGCUGCAGUGAGAUUAAUGCUAAUUGGAGCAUGAUAGAAUGGAAGCAGGAGGGGAAAAUAAAUAUUCCAGGAAACCCUGAAACAGACAUAGAUUCUGGCUGCAGCAGAUACACCCUCAAGGCCGACGGGACGCAGUGUCCAAGCAGACUGGGUGGAAUGAAGGUCAUCUAUGUGUGUGAGUUCAUCACCGAGCAUGGAGCCAGAGGCAGUAAGAAGAUAGAAGUGACAUUCACCUCCGUGGGAGAUAAUUCCAGCCACACUGGGGAAGUGCACGAGCUCCUAAGGCAUGUGAUGGAAAUGAGUACAGUUCAGAGCACCACCCGGAACAGCCUAGAAACCAGUAAAACCCAGGAGCAGCAAGCCAACAUAACAAUAACCCCGGACCCAAUUUCUGUUUCUGAGGGACAAAACUUUUCCAUAAAGUGCAUCAGUGAUGUGAGUAACUAUGAUGAGGUAUACUGGAACACUUCUGCUGGAAUUAAAAUAUACCCAAAGUUUUAUACCACGAAGAGGUAUGCUGAUGCAGCAGAGUCAGUACUCACAGUGAAGGCCGUGACCCGGGAGUGGAAUGGAACCUAUCAUUGCAUAUUUAGAUAUAAGAACUCAUACAGUGUCGCAACGAAAGACGUGACUGUUUACCCGCUGCCUUUAGAGCCAAACAUCAUGGUUGAUCCCUUGGAAGCCACAGUCCCAUGCAAAGGUUCCCAUCACUUCAAGUGCUGUGUUGAGGAGGAUGAAAACUACAAAGUCACUUUCCGAAUGGAUUCGCUGUCCUUUCUUGCAGAAAAAGAAGUCAAUGGAAAGCAAGUGUGCUACAAAUACAAUUUCAUGGCGAGCUCAGUUUCCUGGUGUCCAAAAAAGCUUGACAUAUUUUGUCACUUUACCAAUGCUGCCAAUAAUUCAGUCCAGAGCCCUUCUAUGAAGCUUAACCUGGUUCCUGGAGAGAAGAUCAUGUGCCAAGAUCCCAUAAUAGGUGUUGGGGAGCCUGGGAAAGUCAUUCAGAAACUGUGCCAGUUCUCAAAUGUUCCCAGCAGCCCUGGAGGUCCCACUGGCGGGAUCAUCACAUACAAAUGUGUAGGCUCCCAGUGGAAGGUGAAGAAGAAUGGCUGCAUCUCUGCCCCAAUAAAUAGUCUGCUCCAGAUGGCCAAGGCUUUGAUCAAGAGCCCUUCUCAGGAUGAGAAGCUCCCGACAUACCUGAAGAAUCUUUCUAUCAGCACCGGCAAGGUGAAACAUGAAGUCAGCGCAUUUCCUGGGAGCCUGGGGGCCAUCAUUAACAUCCUUGAUUUGCUCUCAACAGUUCCAACCCAAGUGAAUUCAGAAAUGAUGAUGCACGUUCUCUCUACGGUUAACACCAUUCUCAGCAAGCCUGUCUUGAGUGCCUGGAAGGUGGUUCAACAGCAACAGACCAACCAGAGCUCCCAGCUACUGGAUUCAGUGGAAAGAUUUUCCCGAGCAUUACGGCCAGAAGAUAACACCCUUUUGUCCAUCAACCAAACUAAUGUGCAGAUGAGGAGCAUGGUAAUAAAACCUGGCCAUCCAAAAGCCUACAAACAGAGCUUUGUUUUCGCAGACUCAGACCUGUGGGGCAAUGUGGCCAUUGAAAACUGCCAAUUGGGAAACUUGCAACGAGAUUCAUCUAUUGUCACUGUGGCUUUUCCAACUCUCAAAACCAUCCUCGCCCAGGAUGUUCAAGGAAAGAAUUUUGCAAACAGCUUAGUGAUGACAACCACCGUCAGCCACAACAUAACCAUGCCAUUCAGCAUUUCGAUGACUUUUAAGAACACCAACCCUUCAGGUGCAAUACCACGAUGUGUCUUCUGGAAUUUCAACCUCGCCAACCACACAGGGGGGUGGGAUACUAGCGGGUGUUAUGUGAACAAAGUCGAUGAGGACAGUGUUUCCUGCAUCUGUGACCACCUAACAUCAUUCUCCAUCCUCAUGUCCCCCGACUCUCCAUACCCUGGUUCUCUCCUGGAAAUACUACUGGAUAUCAUUUCCUACAUUGGGUUGUGCUUUUCCAUAUUGAGCCUGGCCGCCUGUCUGAUCGUAGAAGCUGUGGUGUGGAAAUCAGUGACCAAGAAUCGGACUUCCUCUAUGCGCCACAUCUGCAUAGUGAACAUUGCCGCCUCCCUUCUGCUUGCCGACGUCUGGUUCAUCGUGGCUGCUGCCAUUCAUAAUCAUCAUCACCCACUCAGUGAGGCAGCCUGUGUGGCCGCCACCUUCUUCAUCCACUUCUUCUACCUCAGUGUCUUUUUCUGGAUGCUGACUCUGGGCCUCAUGCUCUUCUACCGCCUGGUUUUCAUCUUGCAUGACACAAGCAAGUCCAUUCAGAAGGCUAUUGCAUUUUCUCUUGGCUAUGGCUGCCCUCUUGUCAUUUCAGUCAUCACGGUGGGGGCCACCCAGCCCCAAGAAGUCUACACAAGGAAGAAUGCCUGCUGGCUCAACUGGGAGGAUACCAAGGCCCUGCUGGCCUUCGUCAUUCCAGCACUGAUCAUCGUGGUGGUGAACAUGACCAUCACGGUUGUGGUCAUUUCCAAGAUUCUGAGACCUUCCAUUGGAGAUAAGCCAAGCAAGCAGGAGAAGAGUAGUCUGUUUCAGAUCAGCAAGAGCAUCGGGGUCCUCACGCCACUCUUGGGGCUCACCUGGGGUUUUGGUCUUGCCACUGUGUUCCAAGGAAGCAAUGCUGUGUUCCAUAUUAUAUUUACUCUCCUCAAUGCCUUUCAGGGGCUAUUCAUUUUACUCUUUGGGUGCCUCUGGGAUCAGAAGGUGCAGGAGGCCUUGCUGAAGAAGUUUUCACUGUCAAGAUGGUCUUCUCAGCACUCAAAGUCAACAUCCCUCGGUUCAUCUACACCAGUAUUUUCUAUGAGUUCUCCAAUAUCAAGAAGAUUUAACAAUUUGUUUGGUAAAACAGGAACGUACAAUGUUUCCACCCCAGAAACAACCAGCUCAUCCUUGGAAAAUACAUCCAGUGCUUACUCGUUGCUCAACUAACAACAGGAAAAUCCCCCCAUAUUUAAAGGACAGCGGAUGCGCUCUGAAAAAAAAUCCUUCCAAAGCCAUGGGUAAACUGUCUUCUCCACAGGCUUCUUGAAGCAGAUGCUGAAGAGACUUUUUCAUUAGGGAAGAAGCUUUCUUUCAUAAAGACGGACUAAAAGUCA